AUGUCAUUUUCAGUCUCCUCCGUCCAAAGCAUCGAUGCUUUCCUACCAGAGUCAUUUGCCGUUGGUCAGACCCCGCUUAUGCAAGCGGAUAGUGCCUACCAUGCAAACGAUAUAGUCCUCAAUUCCAGCUUUCCUGUGCUUACCCUUGACUAUGGUACUGAAGUUGGGGGAUUUCCUUUCGUGGAAGUUGAGAGCCCUAUCUCAGCUGUCCAAAUACAAUUGAAAUACUCUGAACCAUACUCUGGCCUCGAAUUGCCACAGGGCGAUGGACCUUGGCUCUUUACAAAUGGACUUAUGAAUUCGUUUCGACAUGAAACCUUCAACAUCUCUCAUUCAGGGACAAUCGAGUCUUAUUUUAUACAGGGUGGUCUUAGAUGGCAAUCUGUCUCACUCAUUGGCGAUACACCUAUCACUAUCCGAAAAGCUGGCCUGCGGCCCUCGGUGAACAUAACCAAUCCCGAAUCCCUACCGGGGAGCUUCAGCACAUCUAAGGAUAUGUACCAGAAAGUUUGGAACUUAGGCGGACGCGCAGUCCAAGCAGCUUGCGUUGAGAAAUAUUCCCAGCCGUCUACAUGGGAAAUUUCUGAUCAAGGGGCCUUGAUAAGAGGCCAGUUUCCGGCGGUGUCUGCCCUCGGAAAUGGCUUUGGAAAUUAUACCCUGGAAUUUCGCACAAAGAUUUUUACCGGAGGCACGGGCUGGAGGGUUGCUGGAGGUGCAAAUGGAGGAUACGGCCCUUAUUUCGUGCUGACGUCCAACCAAGACGAGCUAAUCAGCCCCAAUAUCACGUCGCUCCCUCGGAACUCUUUGGUAGCAGGAUAUGGGUUCACUCUAAUCAACCAAACCAUCCUGAACUCAGCAGCUCCGCACACGUAUCAAGUUUCGGCAAUGAUCAUCGAGAACGAUAGGUGGUAUCGAAUCAGGACUUCAAUCAAUGCAACCGGUUAUGCAAUAUAUGUCGAAGAUCGGCUUAUUGCAUUUGUUGAGAAUCAAUAUUUCCGCGACUACAUUGACUCUACAUGGGGCUCUGGUAGCUUGACUGAUGGUAAUUUUGGAUUUGGUCCUUACUUGAGUCAAGCUGCCUAUGUGCGAGAUGUUAAAGUCACAGCGGCAAAUGGCACCGUAAUUUAUGAGAACUCACUCACAUCAACCGACAUUCUACAAGAGUAUGCUAUUGCUAGCAACGAAUAUGCCGUGUGUCUUGAUGGUGCCAAGCGGGACCGGACUGUCUGGAUUGGCGAUUUUGCUCAUACUGCACGCAUAAUUGCGGCUAGCAGCGGUCGAUAUGACUUUAUCAAGGGUAUGAUUGAAUUUGAAUUCGAUUGGCAGUACCCUCCCGGACCUGCCCACGGCUUAGUCCCUAUACAAGCUUAUAUGGGGGCUGGGCAAAAGUAUCGAGAGGUAUACUACCCUUCGGAAUUUGGUGAAACAGAUUAUCAAUUCUUCUUCCUCUUGGUAUUGACAGAUUAUUUUGCCCUGACGAAUGAUCGAGGUUUCUUGAUUGAAAAUUGGAACAGAAUCAAGCUGCUAGUCACCACCCUUGUUGAUCGUUAUUAUGAUCAAACAUCUGGCCUCAUGGCCAGCUCUGACUCUUCGUGGUUUACAGCCCAGGGAUCACAAAACGCCACUGCCCCGACAGCUCUGUUCGUUGUUGCUCUGAACCAAUUGAUCGAUGUGGCAACUUCCUUGGAUGACCCGUCGUCGGUUUCUGCCUGGAAAGAUCUCUCCAGUAAUAUUACUGCUGCCAUCAACGACAAGCUCUGGAAUGAAUCUCUUGGGGCAUAUGGGCUUUCCCUCAACCAACCCAACGACACAGCUAUUCUCGCAACGGCAUUCACAAUUAGAGCAGGUAUUGCUACAUCUGAUCGUGUUGCCAGCAGUGUUGCCAGAUUAUCUGAUACUUUCCUUUCAAUCGGCUACAAGGACGACUCAGCCACAUCAAAUGCAGCCAGUACCCAGCUUUCACCAAACACGCAAGGCUUCCUCCUUGAAUCCUUAUUUAUCGCACACAUACAGUACGGAGUUUCGGCCAGCGAAGUCUUACCAGCAAUUCGCAAUCUAUCUGAAGUCUUCUGGCCCAAGAUGGUUACCCAGAAGGAAUACUCCACGGGGGCUAGCUGGGAGUACCUUUACCAAGAUGGCAGUCCUGGAAUCGGUAUAUUCACAAGCUUGAGCCACCCUUGGGGAGGUGCACCAACUUAUAUCUUUAGCAAUUACAUUCUUGGUAUUCGAACAGAAUGGAAUGCACAAAAGAUAGAGUAUGAAUGGAUUUUCAAUCCUGCUUGGGAGAUCGCCGAGGGUCUUGGUCUGGAGUGGGCCAAAGGGAAGGUUCCGUUAUCCAGCGGAGGUUAUAUCGAGGCUGAGUGGAGUCUUUCGGCGCAGGCAAGAAAGUCUACAUCGAAACCAGUGAUGAAUGCCAAAGUGGUUGGAAACAAGGCAAUCUCGAUCAAUGUCAAGGAAACAAAUAUUUAG